AUGCUGCGCCGCAGCUUCACGCUUCGUCGGGUGAGCCCCUUCUCACUCUUCCAGAAGCACCUGGGCGAGACUGGCGUACUUAAGGGCAUGAAGAACCCUGCAAAGAAGUCGGCACAGCUGUACCAUAAGCUCUCUACGCCGGAGCGGAAGAUUUUCGAGGCGCGCGCGCGUGGUGUGACGUACCCUGCCCUCGACGCGUACAACCGCUUCCAGAAGGAGUACGCGUCCCGCUUCCUGCACCUGCCCAUGAAGCAGCGCCAGCGCAAGGUGGCCCAGCUGUGGGCGGAGUUGAAGAAGAACGGCACGGUGAAGAUCCCCAAGAGCGCCAAGCGCAAGAUCAAGAAGGUGGCAAAGAAGACGACGCCAAGGCGGUCGGUGCCGAAGACGGCCAAGUAG